GUCGACACCAAGACUAUCGAUAAUAGCGCCUGAGCCCAAGCGCGAGCGCAUAUAUCGACACGUUUACUGGAAUAUUGGAGCCGGCCAGCCAAGAUGUCAAUCAAGUAUGUGGAGCGACCCUAGGUUCAGCCGCCGUCUCUUCAUUGUUAUGCAUAGUACCUGCAUCGCUAGUCAUUUGUCUCAAUUAUUCUGCCUUCACCCUGAUUGCCUGUGAAAUGCAUUGAGAUAUCUCUGACGUUGGACUGUACAGCUGGGUGAUGCUCCAUGACCGUGAAGGCUUCGUCAAACUUCCAAAUGAGCAGUUGAUAUACACCUCUCCGCCGCGCACGAGUCUCUCUCUGCAACCGCUCAGUUCGUACACUGGCAGGGAUUCAAUAUCCGUGCAGAGCAGUGCCGGCCAGAUCUAUCUUACCAAUCAGCGGGUUGUCUAUAUUCCCUCUCAGAAGGCAAAAGACUUUCAAUCAUUUUCGGCUCCGCUUCUCAACGUACAUGACUCGCACGUUACUGCACCAUUUUUCGGUCCAAAUCAGUGGAUAGCCCUUGUCCAACCCGUGUCUGGAGGAGGGAUUCCCCCGUCAUUGCCAGCCGUUCAACUGAAGGUAACUUUCAAAGAGGGAGGCGCGUUCGACUUCCACAAUAACUUCGAGAGACUCAAGGAGCGUAUGCAACAGGCACUUGAGCUCUCACAAGAAAGCGUCCGAGGAUCGGGAAACGUUGAUCUCUCUACAAUCCACCUGGAAGAGUUGCCCGCCUACACGGGGCCGCAGGGUGAUAUGACUGGAGUUCACUCUCAUGACCAAGGUCUAUCUCCGGACUCGUACAGUUGCCAGGACAGUGCAGGGACAGAAGCCGAACCAUUGGAUCCACCGCCAGGCUACGAAGAAGUUCAGCAACAGAGUGUUGCCAACGAACUCGAAGAAAGGCUACGCCGUGCCAGUUGACGCCGAGUGGGAGGCGAUUCUGAUAAUUCUAGACAUUGAGCAAUCUUGCUUACACAUUCUCCAUCUUCGCGACUGUUCCCUUUCUCUUGUCUUUUCGUCAAAGCUAUUCCCAUUACAU